AUGACUCUCGGUGAUACAGGAAAUGUGGCUGGACACGGCGGAGAAGAUGAACGUCUCAAGCAAUACAAGAAUGUGGCCAAGCACGAGGACAUGAGACGGCGACGCACGGAGUGCUCGGUGGAAAUCCGCAAGCAGAAGCGCGACGACAUGAUGAUGAAGAGGCGACAAGUUGUCGACGAUGACGAAAGUGAUGAUGCGCUAACGACCGACCAUGACGUUUCCGCCGACAACACUGAAGCAAAGGCGGCCGCUGCUGCUGCUCGUCAGCCGCUGAUGUCGUUUCAACAGGUUGUCGCCGUGCUCUCCAACAAUCCGUCCGUUGAAGACAUGCAACGCUGCUUCGAGAGUGUUCGCCGUACGCUUUCAAGGAGCAAGGCCCCGCCAAUCGAUGAGACGAUUGAGAAUGGUGUUCUGAAUGCGCUCGUGCAAGCUCUCGGAGUAGAGGACGACAAGGUCCGAUUCGAAUCUGCCUGGUCGAUCACCAACAUCGUAUCGGGCACAAGCCGUCAGACGUUGGCCGCUGUUCAAGCCGGAGCCAUCGCACCAUUGAUCCAUUUAAUGGUGUCGCCUAAUUUACAGCUCGCUGAGCAAUGCCUUUGGGCUGUUGCAAACAUCGCCGGAGACAGUAGUCAGAUGCGAGACUUAGUGCUUCAGCAUAAUGGUCUUCAAGCUCUCAUGUAUCUUGCUACCAUCAUGGAUCGGCUUGAAGUGUCAUUUGUUCGCACAAUCGCUUGGUCUUUCUCGAACAUGUGCCGCCACAAGAACCCAAAUGCUUCACUUGAAGUGCUCCGGGAACUCGCGAAGGGGUUGAGCUUCCUUCUUCAACAUACGGACAAGGCUGUUCGGCAAGACGCCUGUUGGGCUGUGAGCUACUUGACCGAUGGACCAGAUGAGCAAAUUCAAUUGGCUGUCGAUGCUAACCUCUUGCAAUACGUGAUGCCAAUGCUUACCGAGAGUGAGUCCCUUGCCGCUCCAGCUCUUCGCGUCUUGGGGAACAUGGCUACCGGAAAUGAUCAACUCACACAACACGUCAUUGACAUCGGCACUCUCCAGCUCAUCUCCGAUCUUAUCCAGCGCUCGAAAUCGACGACAAUCGUCAAGGAGUGUUGCUGGCUGAUCUCAAAUGUUAUUGCAGGUACUCAAGACCAAAUUCAACAUGUCAUUGAUGCCGGUCUGCUUCCACAUAUCUUCCAAGUGCUCGACACUGGCGACUUCAAAUGUCAGUUUGAAGCUAGUUGGGCAAUCGCCAAUCUUGCUCAGGGUGGAACGUCUCAACAAAUUUUCCACUUGUGGUCGGAUGGAGCCGUUGGACCAAUGUGUCGAGCCUUGAAAAUCCGGAACACGGACAUCCUCGUCAACGUGCUUGAUAGUUUCUAUGCUCUUCUCACCAAUGUCUGCACUGUUGAAGCUGGUCAAUUGGACCUGUUGCGUGAGCUGAUCGAGGAACAUUCUGGUCUCGACAAUUUGGAAGGGUUGCAGGAGAAUGAAAGCGAGAAAAUCUACUCUCUCGCCUAUAAGAUCAUCCACGAGUUUUUCAGCGAAGAUGAGGAUUAUCCAAACGAAAGCCACAACGACGAGAAUCAGCCAUAUGCAUUC